UACAUCCGGAGAAAGAACCAAGUCUUCAAUUCUUCAAAUCACCAAGUAGUAACUAAAGCAAUUCAAACCUUCAACCUGAGCAUCUAACAUUUUUUCAGAAGCUUCAAAUUUCAAAUUUCCAGUUUCCAGAGACAAAAAUGGCUCUGUUGAGAGGUCACUUGGGUGCAAAGCGGAUUAUUGGUCUUUCUGUAACAGCUACAAGCAAAAAUACAGUUUCAGCGCCAAAUGGGUUUCUUGCAGUGUACGUUGGUGAAGACCAGGUCCAGAAGAAAAGAUAUUUGGUGCCAAUAUCAUAUCUAAAGCAGCCUUCUUUUCAAGCGCUUCUCGGUAGAUCCGAUGAAGAGUUUGGAUUUGAUCAUCCAAUGGAUGGCUUAACGAUCCCUUGCCCUGAAGAUACCUUCAUUAAUGGGACGGCUUUGUUGCAAUGAUGAUACUCCAAAAGAAGAAAACCAACAUUAGUUAGAGAUAUAACCAUUUAAUGUAAAUAUGUUAACGUUUUACAAUGUGAAUAGUUUCACAAUGUUUUGUCUCCCAAGCUAAAUGAAUGUGCAACCAAAACACAAACAAUGAAAAGCUACGAGCCUUCAAUUUUUUUUUCU